AUGAAUAUCAAAACCUUGCAUUUAACCAUAUAUCACAACAACAACAAAAAAUUCCAAACAGUAAUCACUGAUCCUCAUGAUACAUUUGAAACUUUAUUGACCAGUAUAGAAGAAUUUAUGUAUUUCAAAGAUGAUGUUAUUGGAUGUUACUUAAAACUUGGGAAUAGAUGGAGUGAAGUGUCUUUAAAUGAUUCCACAUUCAUGGCAUUCGCACCAGAAAUAAAACAUGUCAAAUAUAUAUUAACAACAAUUCAUAGCAAACAUUUAACGUGUUCUUUAGAGGCAUUACAAAUAAAAGAAAAUGAAUUUGUUAUUAUUGAUCUAGCGGAAGAGGGCAUUACUUUUAGUGUAUCAAGCAUUUAUAAUACUCAAGCAACAGUGUUUUGGAAUUCUAAUAUAUUUGAAAGCUAUGAUUAUAACAACACUGUUUCUGGCCGAAUCCGACUCAAAGUUCAUUUAGAUUCUUUAGUUUCUGUUUUAAAAACUUUUAAUAUUACACUUAUACAUGAAAGUAGUAGUGCUCAUUGGUCGAUUUCAUAUGAUGUUGUUGAUGGCAGCCUUAUGAUCAAAACGAAUUUUUUCGGAGGUGCAAGAAAAGAGUCUAGGCUGACUACUACUUUAAUUGAUGAUGAAAACAACGAAUUUAAUUUGUUAAAUGAUCAAUAUGUAAAUCAAAAUACACUUUAUGAAAUUAAGAUCAAGUCAACCUAUUUGAAAAGUUGCUUAUUAAACAUCGGAGUUAUGAAAACUUUCAGUGUUGAAAUAAAAUGUGAAGCAUCAAGAUCUAAUGACUGUGACAGUGACAAUGAAAACAGACAUUUUUUAUUAUUUUCAGCAAUUGAUGUUUAUGGAAGAAAAGAAUGCAAAAUUCCAAUUGCAUGUCCUCUAAAUCAUCAGGGACUAACACCAUCAUUUAGAGAAAUAAAUGCAGAAAUAAUUAUUAAAGAAAAUGGAAUGAUGUUGAUCAAGGUUCCUAUAAGUGAAAAUUUGAACAUUGAAUAUACAGUAACUAUAUUAUAA